CAAAUCCAUUUUUUUAAAGUGGAAACAUCAAGAAAUUCAAUGCUAAUUGGUGAUCGGAGACAUAGAGAGAGCAAAUCAAAGUUACAGUUUUCAGAAAAAGAAAAAGAAAAAAAAAGAGAAAGCAAUUUAUUAACUCUCUAAGAACCAAUAAAAGUUAAUAUAAUCACAAUAAAUAGUGAAGUAAAGUUAAUAGUGAAUUGAGUGUUUGGUGUGCAUGUUUUGAAGUUCAGUGUUCAGAGUUGAGAAGAAGAAGAAGAAGCUAUGCGUUCGUGUCCGUGUUUUGGAAAACCCGACGAGCCAGUUUCGGAUCGGGACCCGAUCCUACUGGUUACAGGCAUGGGUGGUUCCAUUAUCAAUUCAAAGCCCAAGGGAUUCGGGUUCACCUCUCGGGUUUGGGUCAGGAUCUUCCUCGCGGACUUGCAGUUCCGAAAGAAGAUAUGGUCCCUUUACAAUCCUCAAACAGGUUACACUGAAUCAUUAGAUAAGAAAUCUGAAAUUGUUGUACCUGACGAUGAUUAUGGUCUCUACGCGAUUGAUAUUUUAGAUCCAUCAUUGUUUACGAAAUGUAUACAUUUGACAGAGGUAUAUCAUUUUCAUGACAUGAUUGACAUGCUUGUUGGAUGUGGGUAUAAGAAAGGAACCACAUUGUUUGGUUAUGGAUAUGAUUUCCGGCAAAGCAAUAGGAUUGACAAGUUAAUGGAAGGUCUUAAACUCAAGUUGGAAACUGCUUACAAAGCCUCUGGUGGAAGAAAAGUCAAUAUAAUAUCACAUUCCAUGGGAGGGUUUAUGAUGUUGUGUUUCAUGUCACUUCAUAAUGAUGUGUUUACGAAAUAUGUAAAUAAAUGGAUUUGCUUGGCUUGCCCUUUCCAAGGAGCCCCAGGGUGCAUCAAUGAUUCUAUAUUAACUGGAUUAGAGUUUGUUGAUGGCUUUCAAAGCUAUUUUUUUGUAUCAAGGUGGUCUAUGCAUCAAUUGGUAGUUGAGUGUCCAUCAAUAUAUGAGAUGUUGCCAAAUCCGGAAUAUGAAUGGAAAAAGCAGCCAGAAAUUCAUGUUUGGCGAAAGCAAACCAAAAAUGGGGAUAUUAACAUCAAUUUGGAAUCUUAUGGACCAGUCCAGAGUAUAUCUUUAUUUGAAGAAGCACUGAGGGACAAUGAGCUAAAUUAUAAUGGGAAAACGGUCCCAGUGCCCUUUAACUUUGAUAUUCUAGAAUGGGCUGCCAGAACUCGUCAAAUUAUAUGUAAUGCUAAACUGCCAGAUGGGGUCCUCUUCUAUAACAUUUAUGGGACAUCAUUUGACACACCUUUUGAUGUUUGCUAUGGUUCAGAAAAAUCUCCAAUAGAGGACUUAUCUGAAGUAUGCCGCACAAUGCCACAGUAUUCUUUCGUCGAUGGAGAUGGAACAGUUCCUACUGAAUCAGCCAAGGCUGAUGGACUGGAAGCCACUGAAAGGGUGGGAGUUGCUUCUGCUCACCGUGAAAUAUUACGAGAUAAAACAGUGUUUCAACUUAUUCAAAAAUGGUUGGGUAUUGAGCCAAUGGUUAGCAAGCAAUCUAAGACAUCAAAAGUGGCAGAUGUUGUUCCAAGCAAGCCUAUGAUUCUAUAAUACAAAAAGAAAAAGAAAGGUCAUAUACUUCUGUAUGUGUUCUCCGUUUACUAAAAAGAAAGUGUCUUUCCAUGCUAUUAAUUUUAGAAAAAAGAAGAAGAAAAGGAACUUAGAAAGACCUAAAGCCCCGUUGUUGGUGCAAUAAACAAUUUGAUGCAUUUGGUACAAUUUCAUUAUAUUGUAUGAUUUAUUAUUGUGGUGUACUAUAUUUGGUGGAAGAAAUAGGGAUAAGAAUUUUCAAUAUGAUCCGCCGACAUGAAUAUGAUAUGAGAAAUUUGUAUUCGAUUUAAUCCGUUGUCAAAUUUGUUCUGUAUAUGUAUUGGUGAAAAUCUACG